CUCUUCUUAUUUUCUUUCCAUCAAUCAAAAUGAAUCAUUCAAUUUCAAACCUUUCUUCUUCUUCUUCUUUAUGGUUCAACUACACAUGCACUAUUUUCUCCUUCAUCUUCUUCACUUUCACGUUCUCAUUUUCCCUCUUUUCAUUAUCAAUCUUCAUUUUAAGAUUAAAACUAUGGUGUAAAUGUUCAACUUGCCAAUCAUUCCUCACUUCAAGUUGGUCCAAAGAUUUCAAUAACCUUUGUGAUUGGUAUACUCACCUUCUUUCAAAAUCGCCGACGGGAACAAUCCAUAUUCAUAUCCUCGGCAAUAUCAUCACCGCCGAUCCUAAAAACGUCGAACACAUAUUAAAAACAAAGUUCGAAAAUUACCCAAAAGGAAAACCAUUCUCGAUUCUCCUCGGUGAUUUACUCGGCAAAGGUAUAUUUAACGUCGAUGGUGAUUCAUGGAAAUUUCAAAGAAAAAUGGCUAGUCUUGAACUUGGUAGUGUUUCCAUUAGAAUGCAUGCUUUUAAUAUCGUUAAAUCGGAGAUUCAAACUAGACUUAUCCCUCUUUUAAACUCAGUUUCCGGUCAGGUUUUAGAUUUACAGGAUGUGUUUAGAAGAUUUUCUUUUGAUAAUAUUUGUAAAUUUUCAUUCGGGUUUGAUCCUUGCUGCCUUGAAUUAUCGUUGCCGAUGCCUGCGUCGGAGUUUGCGGAGGCUUUUGAUUUGGCGUCGAAGUUAUCGGCACAAAGAGGGUUGUCGUCGUCGUCUUUGAUAUGGAAAGUUAAAAGGGUAUUGAAUUUAGGGUCUGAAAAAGAGCUUAAAAGCGCCAUUAAAAUGGUGGAUCAAUUUGCUCAACGUAUGAUUAAUCAACGACGGGAACUUGGUUUUUCCGACAAGAGUGAUCUUUUGUCGAGAUUUAUGGCGACAAUGAUCGACGACGACAAGUAUCUUCGUGACAUUGUCGUUAGUUUCCUUUUGGCUGGUCGUGAUACGGUUGCUUCCGGUCUAACUAGUUUCUUUUGGUUAUUAUCUCAAAACCCGAAAGUCGAGUUCGCCAUUAGAGACGAACUCGAAAAGGUCACUGCCGGGUUUUCGCCGAGCGACGAUCAAGAUUUCGUAAUGUUCGAUCAAAUGCGUGAAAUGCAUUAUUUGCACGCGGCAUUAUGCGAGAGCUUACGGUUGUUUCCGCCGGUUCAAUUGGACUCGAAGUUCGCUCAACACGACGACGUUUUGCCUGAUUUUACUUUUGUAAGGAAAGGUACUAGGGUCACUUACCAUCCCUACGCGAUGGGUCGGAUGGAACGGGUUUGGGGCUCCGAUUGUCUUGAAUUCAAACCGGAAAGAUGGUUGAAAAACGGUAGAUAUGUACCCGAAAACCCAUACAAGUACCCGGUUUUCCAAGCCGGGUUAAGGGUUUGUUUAGGGAAGGAAAUGGCAUUAGUGGAGAUGAAAUGUGUGGUUCUAGCCAUAAUCAAACGGUUCAACAUUCAGGUUGCUGAUCCGAAUCAAGCACCAAAGUUCGCCCCGGGUCUCACUGCCACCGUGAGAGGCGGCUUACCAGUUCUAGUCCAACGAAGGGAAGCUUAAUUGCUAAGAGAAUUCCUUCACAAACUGUUAGAAUUGAAUUUGGUCGUAACUCAGUAAAUUUAGAUUAAUUUCAUACAAA